AUGGCGCGGGCCGCGGCGGCCGGCGCUCGUGCCGCGGUGCUCGCCGCCUCCCUCCUCGCGGAGGCGAGGCCGGCGGCGCCUGCGGCGCUGCGGCGCGCGGGGGCCCCCGCAGAGCGCGCCCGAGGCAGAGCCGAUAGUUCUCGACCGUAUCCGAAAGUUUUCAACCGUACCAGACCUCCAGGGGUCCGCGCGUCAAAAAAGUUGCAGCGCCAGAUGUUUUGGGGCGCUGCCAGAGGGCGCUGGCGGCUGCCCUCCGGCUGGCGGCAGGCGCUGGGAGAGGAAAUGGACACGGAUUACUUCAAAGAGCUGCGGGCGUUCGUCGAUGGGGAGAGGGCGGCAGGCAAAGAGGUCUAUCCGCUGCCGGAGGACAUGUUCAACGCCUUCGCGAGAUGUGAUCUACCAGAUGUCAAGGUUGUCAUCCUGGGCCAGGACCCAUACCAUGGCCCUGGCCAAGCGCAUGGUCUCAGCUUCUCAGUGCAGCAAGGAUGCAAAAUACCGCGGAGUCUCUCCAACAUCUUCAAGGAGCUGGAGGAAAUCCGGUGCCCAAGCAUUCGCGCAGGACGACGUGGGGGUACUGCCGCCAACGCACGGCGAUCUCACCGCGUGGGCCGAGCAGGGCGUGCUGCUCCUCAACGCGGCCCUCACCGUGGAGCGCGGGCGGCCCCUGUCGCACGCCGGGCGCGGCUGGGAGCGCUUCACGGACGCGGCGGUGCGCGCCGUCAGCGAGCUGCGGGAAGGCGUGGUCUCCUGCUCUGGGGCAGGCACGCCCAGAAGAAGGCCUCGGCGGUCGACGAGGGCCGCCACAGGGUGCUCGUCGCGGCGCACCCCAGCCCGCUGUCCGCGCGGCGCGGCUUCUUCGGCUGCGGCCACUUCUCGGCGGCCAACGCCCACCUGCGGGCCCGCGGCGCGGCUCCCAUCGACUGGCGCCUGGCGGCCCCCGCCGGGCAGCCGCGGGGCGUGCGGGGCAACGGGCCCGCGGACGGCUGCCAGCAGGACGGCCAGGGCGGCGGAGGAGACGACCGUCACGACGGGGACAAAGACGACGAGCAGAACGUGGAGGGCGACGCGAACGAAGACGACUCGCAGAACGAGCUGGACGCCGACAGCGGCCACGGCGCGAUGGCCGAGCGCCUCGCUGGCGCGGUCCAUUGUGAGGCGGUAUUGUUUGCUGCCUUUGAUGCUGGAACCCUUAUGGCCUACAACCACUAG